CCGCGGGUCGUCAUAUCCGGAAAACCGUACAGUUAUAAAGUCCAGUUUGUUUCGUUACAGAGAAAUGUUGAUAAACUCAUUAGAAUAAAUGCACAAGAGUCCAAAUGACGAACAAGAUGAGCGUCUCGUUUUCUCAGAUCAUCUGGAGAGUUUGUAAUUUAUUCAUGUCAGUAUUUUUCUCGCUGGCAACUUAUGUGCAGAUAAAUGAUCCAGAUGCUGCUUUGUGGAUGGUUGGUUAUGCUAUUCCAGCUGGGUUGUGUUUUUUGCUUUGCUGUCAACCACAAAUAACAGAGUCAUUGUUAUGGAGGAGAAUGGCUGAUCUGCAUGUGCUUGUAGCCUCUACAUUUGGAGUCAUUCUGGGCUGGAAACUUUAUAAAGAGGGAAUUACAGACAUUUUCCAACAAGAGGAAGGAAGGGAAUGUUGUGGACUCAUGCUGACAGUUUUCUGGCUGCUGUUGUGUCGACAUUCAGGAAGGAGCUCUGUGGGCUCUGUGAGGAUCUGCACUGCUGUGGGAAUCACUGUGUUUCCCUUCAUCACAUGGAUCUAUUACUACAUCAACACAGAGCUGAGGAAACACUGGCCUGAACACUGUACAACUGCUCUCUGAUCAGACAAAGCACUCAAGACGCUCUAGAUCAGCACAACACACAGAUCAACUGAACUUGACUGGAGACUGAUGAGACAAUCAGCAGCCAUUGAUCUUGAAGAAAGCUUUAAUUAUUCAAGCAUUGUAGAAAUACAAAAUUCAGUGCUGCAAACAUGAUAAUGUUAUUUGUCUUUCAAGUAUAUGAACAGUAUAAAUGUGUCUCAUAAUGCUUUCAUAAACUAGAUAAUGUCAUAAUGAAGGAUAAUAAAGAACGCCUUCUGAAGGUUAACUAUUCA